AUGUACAUGUUUUACCUUUAUAGGAUGAAUCUUACUGUACCUCAGGGCAGUCUGUGUGCCGUGGUGGGGCAAGUGGGGGCUGGGAAAUCCUCCCUGCUCUCAGCAUUACUUGGCGAACUGCAGAGGAUUGAAGGCUCUGUAGUAAUAAAGGGCACCACAGCGUUCGUUCCCCAGACGUCCUGGAUACAAAAUGCUUCCGUGGAAGACAAUGUCGUAUUUGGGAGAAAAAUGGAGAGGACGUGGUACAACCAGGUGGUCAAAGCCUGCGCCCUGCAGCCUGACAUCGACGGUUUUCCAGCAGGAAGCCGGACAGAAAUUGGAGAGAAGGGCAUCAAUCUUUCUGGAGGACAGAGGCAGAGGCUCAGCCUGGCUCGUGCAGUUUAUAUGAAGGCCUCAGUUUACCUCUUGGAUGAUCCCCUCUCCGCUGUGGACGCUCCAGUUGGAUGGCACAUUUUCAAUCAUGUUCUUGGACCCAACGGCUUGUUGAAGGAAAAGACUCGCAUCCUGGUGACCAACACCGUCCACAUUCUACCCAUGGUGGACAACAUCAUUGUGAUGGUGAAUGGAGAAAUCUCCGAGAGGGGCUCUUGGCAAGAACUGAUACGAAAGCAAGGGGCAUUCGCAGACUUCUUGAGGUCCCAGAACCCUGAAGAAAAAGAAGAGCAGGAUUUGCAAAUGACUGCUGGUCAUCCCAAAGGUCAUCUAUACUUGAGUAUUAUUAUCCAUGAAUAG